AUGGGCAAGGAACCCUUCGGUAGAUCUAUGUACGAUAUUGGGCUCGCUUUGCCUAGCCAUAAUGCGGGGCUUGGAUAUCAGCAGUUGCACCAUUGUGGCGGUAUCACUCGUUACAUUCGAGAAGCUAUCGAUCCAAUCUGCGGGGUGCAGGGUGCAUUUUACCGAAAGUUAUCAGUUGUCCAGACUCGCCCUAUUGGAUUUCGUAAAGAUCGAGUCAUUCUUGUUGGCAGCCAGUAUUGA